AUGGCGCCUGCAUCUUUUGCUCUUCCAAAACUGCGAAAGGUUUCCCACUGCUUGUGUUUUGCCUCAUCUCACACGUUAGGUGUUCCUUCAAGCUUCGUCGCUAUGUUAAGCAAGAGAAAAAAUGCGUCAAAUGGUGAAGAUACACAGAGUGCUCCUGAAAGAGCAGAAAAAUUGGAGGCUCUUUAUCAUCAUCUGGAAAAUCUGAAUUCACGUCUCGAUAAACAGGCAGAGGAUUUCGAAAAGCGUUUAAAGGAGGAAAGAAGGAACAUCGACUAUCAGAUGCGUCAGCUACGCGAAGAUGUAGCGUCAUGCGAUGAGAGGCUGCUUCUCAAACUGGAAUCAUUAAUUACGGAGAGCAAAGCAACAACAAUCGAAGCAAUGCAAAACUCGCUCGAUCUGAAAAUGGAUAGCGUUGUUGAAAGCCUUCGAGCAACAACAGCUGGUGCAGAUUCGAAGGUUAGCGCUCUUUUACAGUUAUCAGAAAUGUGGCAUAAUCUGGUAGCGUGGCUGAAAGGUAAGAGAUGGGUGGAGUAGGC